CUCUGCACCUGCUCCUCCCCUCCUCCCUUAUUAUCCUCGGAGUCAGAGCAGCGCUCCGUCCUCCUCGCCAAGUGAUGCUCCUCGGCGGGGCGGCGCACAUCGGCGGGUUGUCACCGCUCGCUGCACGGAGGACAACUCCGGCUUGUUUCGCCUCCUCGGGAAACACUCAGGAGCUGAAUGACGAGCGAACAUGGGGAUUUAAGUGAGGUUGUGUGAGAGUGCGCUGGAGGACGAGUGAGCUCAAGUCCCAUCCCAGAGAAGAGAGGGAGGAGGAGGAGGAGGAGGAGGACUAGGGGGAAACGGUCCCGUUGGGACGGGGACGCAGCGGAAGGUGCUGUGCUCCACAGAGUUUGUAAUGGACUCCGGGUGCUGCUCUGUGUUGUUUGGUUGUGCAGAAUAACAUCGGCGGGUUUUAAGGACGCGGUUGUUGGAGUUGGUCGCUCGUUGGGAUCUGUUUGUGAUGGAGUGAGUGAGAGAGGGCGCACGGGAACUUCAGCCUCGCCAUGAAAUCAGUGCUCUUCAGCCGCUUCUUCAUCCUUCUGCCCUGGGUCCUCAUUGUCAUCAUCAUGAUCGAUAUCGACAGCAAAAGGACGGUCCGGGCUCCAGCGGCCGCUCGGACCGGCAGGGCGCAGCGGGCGGCCCGGACCGGCGCGCCGGGGGUCGGUGUCACCCACAAUCAGACCGCGCUGCCGGUCAUCUACGCCAUCACUCCGACUUACACCCGUCCGGUGCAGAAAGCGGAGCUGACCCGGCUGGCACACGCCUUCCGCCAGGUGCCCCGGUUCCACUGGAUCGUGGUGGAGGACUCCACGGCGCGCACGGAGCUGGUGGCGCGCUUCCUGGCCCGGUGCGGCGUGCCGUUCACGCACCUGCAUGUGUUCACUCCCCGCAGGUUCAAGCGCGCCGGGAUGCCACGCGCCACCGAACAGAGGAAUGUGGCCCUCGCGUGGCUCCGGCAGCACCGGGGCCGCCGGGACUCCGGGGUGGUGUUCUUCGCGGAUGACGACAACACGUACAGCCUGGAGCUGUUCGAGGAGAUGCGAAGCACUCGAGGUGUGUCCGUUUGGCCUGUGGGAUUUGUGGGUGGCAGAGCUUACGAGCGCCCCCUGGUGUCCGGGGGCAAAGUGGUGGGCUGGUACACGGGCUGGAGACCGGACAGACCCUUCGCUACAGAUAUGGCAGGUUUUGCAGUGAACCUCCAGGUGAUCCUGGCGAACCCGCGGGCGCUGUUCAAGCGGCGUGGCUCCCAGCCCGGGAUGCAGGAGUCCGACUUCCUCAAGCAGAUCACCAAGGUCACCGAGUUGGAGCCCAAGGCCAACAACUGCACCAGGGUGCUGGUUUGGCACACACGCACAGAGAAGCCGCACCUCGCAAAUGAGCCCAAACAUCGAAAGGACACCGUGGUCAUCGAGGUGUGAGAGGACGGAGCUGAGCACAGGAUCCACGAGCAGGAGCUGUUUGUGGCUGCCCGUUACCUCUCGGCUGGACUAAAGACAGCCCCCUGCUUUGUCUCCUUAUCGGGUUCAUUCGAUCUGUUCACGACGGACACGGACUCGGAGGAGCUGCAUGACCCAAGACUUCUGGCUGUCUGUCAAACGUACUUUGUGAGAACCGGAGGCCACGGAAACCCGUUCCUUUUACAAACUGGGAGGACUUGGAUCGUUGAUUUUCUCCAUCUAUGACUUGCUGAUGAAAAGAAAACACUGACAUGAAUAUCUGUUUGAAUCAUGAAUACCUCAUUGUCAAGUUAGCUGUUUCACUGUGAUGUAGUCUCCAUAAACAAGGCUUGUGGUCCAGCAUAUGUUUGAUGACAGUGGUAAUGUUCUGCUGAUGUUUGUCAUAGUUAAAGGAGUGUUCAGCAUCAGGGGGAAUUCUGGAGCUUGCUUUGUUUCUGAGAGUGACAUGAGAAGGUUAGCAGUGGUUACCAUGAAGCUAGGUUAAAAGACAGGAAGCAGGGGAAACAGGAACACUGCACCGCUCGAGUUGAAACGCGACAAAAUCCAACCUACUGACACAAUUAGGGAGAUAUGACUUCAAAUCAAUAUCACCAUUAUGUCAAACUUUGACCUCGAUUAUGAUUAAUGAACGUAACGUUCUGGCUGUGACACGUUACGUCUCGAGUUGUGUGUGUGGCAUUUGAACUGCACUCCCAGGAGAAAGUUUGAAAUCUCUUUGGCUGCGUUUUAAUCCUGCCGAGUAGAAACUGAUUUGACUCUCACAACUGUUUGCUGAUUGGGUCUUUUUAGUCAUUCCUCAUCAUUGUGCUGAUUCGUGAGUGGUCACAUGAUAUGCGUUUUCAGGCUUGUUGGUAUUGACGGGUAUUAAACCUCAUACAGACCCACAAUACUCGUGUGGUCAGAGAACAGAACAUUUUCAUCCUGUUUGCAGCUGCAUAUGCAACAUGCACAAUCAUUAUUUUUCUUUUCACUCCCAGCAGAAAGAAAGUGAGCGUGUUUGCAAAAGUAUUAACUAUUACACUCCAACUCACACCUCCACACCUCUCUUACUGAGCCAUUUUGCUUUUUUACAUCAGCUUUUCAGUCUUUUCAUCACCUUCCAAAAGUUUCAGCUCCAGUCGUUCUGAAAGAACACCCCCAUCUCCAUGUCUGUUAAACAGAACCAGCUCUGGUCUUCUUGUUGACCUUACUUACAUGUCUCAAAGGUAAUGUGGUAAUGAUUUAUUGAUCCCUAAAUGCUACAUCAGUCUCCUUUAAAUCACCCUGAACUGAUCAUAUAUAAUGAACUGGAGCAACCUUCGCCCUCCUCUCAUCCUGUAUACAUGUGCAGGGUGUGAUCAGGUUUGGAAAUGGCACACGUGAAGUAACAAGAACCACCUCUCCUGACAAACUGCAAUCAAUAAUGUAGAGCGUGGAGGCCGACAACAAAGGAAACUGGCCUCACAGGAAAACCUCGGCAGAAGAAUAAAGAGGGAUAACUUGAGUAGAUGGGAUGUAAACAGCACAUCAGAUGUGCUUCUGGUUUCACAGCUCAAAUGUGCAAGGCACCAUUUCUUCAGUGUGCUUUAACAGCAGUGUUGCCAGCUGGAGUGCGGGACUCUGAACGUCUGUCACAUUCAAGCACUUCGCCAAAACAGUUCACACAGAGCCGAUACAGCCUGUCAGGGCCGGGGAGAUCUCUCUGUAUUUAGCAGAAUAACAGAGUCUAAAUCUGGUGUCUGUGGCAACGUUGCCGCACUGUGCAGUGGCCGCGAUGCCUUCUGCAUGAACCGGGGAGCAACCGUAACAAUGGAGAUGCAGUUGGCUACAGCAACUGUGACAGAACAAUGCAAGGAAGCCUUCAAGGAAAGUUUCUGAUGCUCUACAUAACAGGAGAGUCGGCGUUCAGAGGAAGGAUUAGCCUGAAAAAGAAAGUGAUGGACAUUGAGGACAAUCAUGGAUUUAAAAGUGGUGUGGCCGUUCCUCGUUGGCUGACUCAAGCUUUUAAAGCUCCUGGAUAGGUUAGCAUUAGGUAGCUAUUAUUUACACAGAAUUAUUGUCUUGGAACUACGGUCAUUUCUGUGUUCGACAGUGUCUGUGUCACUGCCAGAAGGGGGAGACUAAAGUUCCGCACUGCAGGUUUAAGUUUAGAGGGCACUGAACAUGUCUUCGUAUCUCAUGUACACACAGGAAAUAAAAAACAGGAUGAAAGCCAGGAUUCUACAGCCUUUAUUCCAAAUGACCCUCUUGUAAAACUUGGAACAGAAAUACAGGAGCAAACAAAAUCCCCCAAAAGAUAAAACAGUACUUUUACAGUUAAGAGUCAUUGGACAAAGACGAACACAGAAAAACUUUUCUUGCUAUUUAUUGUUUCAAUGCACGGAAACCACUUUUUUUUUUUCCUCUGUACUAGGCACCAGAAAAUGUAAACACAUUGGAAAUAAACCUGGAGGACAUUAGUUUUAUUAAA